ACACACAAAGUUUACAACGGUGUUCUUACCGCGUAGCGCACAACAAUUUUCGCUCUCUUCGUUAGUUUAUUUUGUGUGUUCGAUCAGCACAUUACAUACACAGUGCUCAAUUUGUCACAUCUGACUCUCGUUAAACAGUUCUUGUUUUUAUUUUGAAAUUGUUUUCUUUUUAUAUCUGUUUUUUAACGUACAUUUUUUUAAACUAUCAUUUGACGCGAAAUAAAUUCAGUGAACGAUCAAUUAAAAAAUUCUUCAAUCAAUUAAAGUUGUCAAUUUGCGAAAAGAAGAAAUAACCAAGAAAAAAGAAGAAGUGUGAAGCAUUUGUUAGCAUACUAAAUGACACACAGAUUCACUGACUACAAUAGUUGAUUCAAAAAAUUUAACGAGAUGACUAAACAAACUAAAAUCGAGUUGGCCGAAACGUCGGCGGGAAGCAAUUAUACACUGAACAAUGGCUUUCUAGGAGAAAUGUCGUCAAGGUUGCAAAUCAUGGAUUGUGAAAAUGGUCAAAGCAAUGGCAAAUCAAAGAAGCAUCAGUACGAUCGAACGGGUCACGAAACAGGUGGUGGCGGUGGUCAUGGCAUUCAACCAGAUCAUCCAACAUCGUAUGCUGAAACAUUGAUGCAUCUAUUGCGUGGCAACAUCGGAGCUGGUGUAUUUGGAAUGGGAGACGCAUUCAAAAAUGGAGGCAUGGUACUCUCGCCCAUAUUAACAAUGAUGAUUGGGCUAGUCAGUGUCCACUGUCAACAUGUAUUGAUGAACUGCUCGCAGAAGAUGCGUGUCAUACAGAGUACGUCACCAGAAAAAGUUGGCGAUGCUGAUGAUCCUGAUUUUGCUGAAACUGUUGAAUUAUGUUUCAAAAAUGGACCGCCGCGACUACGUUCAUUAUCGGGAUUCGUUAAGAACCUAGUGAAUUUUUUCAUUUGUUUGACACAAAUUGGAUUUUGCUGCAUUUACAUCGUGUUCAUUUCGACAAAUUUCGAACAGCUAUGGAAUUUCUACGUGCCAGGUUAUCAAUACGAUUACACGGUGAAAUUUACAACGAUUCUACUACCAAUUUUGGCCAUUUCAAUGAUUACCCAACUGAAAUACUUAGCACCAUUAUCGACAAUAGCAAACAUCUGCAUGGCCACUGCCGUUGCGCUCACAUUUUACUUUGCCUUCCAAGAUUUGCCGAACAUCAGUGAACGGGAUACCGUUGGUGAAUUAAAGAAUUUGCCGCUUUUCUUCGGGACUGCUAUAUUCGCCUUCGAGGGAAUAGCGUUAGUUUUGCCACUAAAAAAUGCAAUGAAGAAACCAAAACUAUUUGCACGUCCAUCGGGAGUUUUGAAUGUGGGUAUGGUAUUUGUGGCUUCACUGUUCGUUGUCUUUGGAUUUGUUUCGUAUUGGAAAUGGGGCGAUGCAAUCAACGGAACUGUUACGCUAAAUUUGCCAGCAAAAGACCCAUUGGCACAAACGGUGAAAUUAAUGGCAUCGAUUGGCUUGAUGUUUACGUAUCCAUUGCAGUUUUUUGUUGGCAUUCAAAUCAUGUGGUCGUCAAUCGAAGAGAAGUAUGGCCCAUUGAAACAUCCACUAUACUCACAGCUCGUGUUCAGAGCCCUACUCGUGUUAUUUACAUUUUCGAUAGCCGAGGUUGUGCCAGCUUUGAAUGCAUUCAUCUCGUUAAUUGGUGCACUGUGUUCAUCGGGUUUGGCAUUGAUAUUCCCGCCACUAAUUGAAUUGGUUUGUGCAUGGGCCACACCGGAUGGACCCAGUGCUCUUCUGCUCGCAAAGAAUUUGCUAAUUCUUUGUUUGGCUAUGUUUGGUCUCGUCACCGGAACAUACGAAAGUUUGGAGAAUUUAGCCAAAGCCUUCCGUGCUGGAAGCAGCUAAGAACAUAUCUAUUUUUAUUUGCGAUAGUAAACCCAGCUUAAAAGCGGGUUCACGUGAUAAUUUCGAUUGUUUCAAUGAAUGAAAAUCGCGAGAAUAUUUUUACGAACCGAACCGCCAUAGUAUCAUUGUAUCUUUCAAUCAUUUGUUAAUAGAGUUAUAGAGUUUGCGUUGUGAUUAAUGACAGGAUUAGAAUCGGUCAGACAUACAUAGUCAUAGCAACGGUGAUAUCAGUACCUUUUAUCAGUAUCGUUAGUGUCUUUAGCAGAUAAGUACAUUAGCUCAUAUCAUCGAUUACAAUUAACUCAUACGCGACAAAAUUGAACCAAAACAAAAAAAAUGUCUCACAAAUGCCUACAUUAAGCAUAUUUAAGACAUAGACAUAUAGUGAUUUCAAUUGUAAAAUUCUAGAGAAUUUAAGUGUAGACAACAAUUAUUAUUUUAUUUUAUUUUAUUGUGAGAACGAUCAAAUCGACAGGAAAUAAAAGCAUGAAAUGAAA